AACUUAACCAAUAAAAAAGAAGCUCUGAGCAAUCUGCAAUCUCCACCCCCACCCACAAACAACCUCAUCUCCACCACCUUAAAACAAAUCCAAAAUCACCCAUCUAAAAUUCCAUCUAGCUCUCUUUCUCUGCAUAAAAUAUAACGGCCUAGCUGUUCUUGGAUCCGGAGAUUCUGGGUCUUUCUUAUAUACUAUUGUUAUUAAUUAUAUUAAAUAACCACCUAUUUAAAUUGAAAACAUAGCCUACAAGACAUGAUUUGGUUGUUGUUGUUCUCUCAACAUUGUUCCUCCCUAGGUUCAAACCAAACCUUCUUUCUUUGCUGCCUGACAUUGGAGUUUGGAGCAUAUAGUUUCUAAUGCCUGGUAAUAUAUGGCUCCUCUUCUUCCUCUUCAUCUCCGUUUUUCACCUUACAAAACAGGCUUUCGCCGUUAACCAACAGGGCGAAGCACUUCUUUCUUGGAAAAGAAGCUUAAAUGGACCCCUUCAGGCAUUGAGUAACUGGGAUUCAACUGAUGGAACUCCAUGUGGAUGGUUUGGAAUUACAUGCAACUUCAACAAGGAAGUGACAGAAGUGAGUUUGCAGAACAUGGACUUAUUUGGAAAUGUUCCGAAUAAUUUCAGUUCAUUGUUGUCCCUGAAUAAGCUCGUCUUAUUUGGGACUAAUCUAAGUGGUUCAAUUCCGAAAGAAAUCGGUAGUCUUCAAGAAUUAAGGCUCUUGGUCCUGAGUGAGAAUGCAUUGACUGGUGGACUGCCAGGUGAGAUUUUCCAUCUUCCCAACCUUGAAGAACUCCAUCUGAACUCAAACAGGCUGGAAGGAUCCAUUCCCGACGAAAUUGGGAAUCUGACAAGCUUGACUUCGCUGACUCUCUUUGACAAUCAGCUCAGUGGAACAAUUCCGAGGAGUAUUGGAAAUUUAAAAAAACUUGAAGUGAUCAGAGCUGGUGGUAACAAGAAUCUUCAAGGCUCAAUCCCAGAGGAAAUUGGAAACUGUACCAAUUUGGUCAUGCUAGGCUUGGCAGAGACUUCCAUUUCAGGAUUUCUACCUUCUUCCCUCGGCCUCUUGAAAAAUCUCCAGACCAUUGCUAUCUACACCUCCCUUUUAUCUGGCCAAAUCCCCCCAGAACUCGGAGAUUGCACAGCUCUCCAAAGCAUCUACCUCUACGAGAACUCCCUCACCGGCUCAAUCCCGACCAGGCUCGGAAAUCUUCCGAAUCUUCAGAACCUUUUGCUCUGGCAGAACAAUUUAGUCGGUACAAUCCCUCCGGAGCUAGGAAACUGCAAGCAAUUGGUCGUCAUUGAUGCCUCGUUGAAUUCUUUAACAGGCAGCAUUCCAAUGACAUUCGGGAAUCUGAGCCUGUUACAAGAAUUGCAGCUAAGUGUCAACCAGAUAUCGGGCCAGAUCCCAUCAGAGCUCGGAAACUGUACUGCUUUAACCCUUAUCGAGCUCGAUAACAAUCAGAUAACAGGUACUAUCCCCUCAGAAUUUGGAAACUUGUCAAAUCUAACUUUAUUAUUUCUUUGGGCUAAUCGUUUGAAUGGGGAUAUUCCAUCUUCAUUGUCCUCAUGUCACAACCUUGAGGCCAUUGACUUGUCACAAAAUUCAUUGACUGGUACUAUUCCAAAAGGCAUCUUUGAAUUACAGAAUCUCAACAAGUUACUCCUUUUAUCCAACAAUCUCUCCAGUAGUAUUCCUCCCGAGAUCGGAAAAUGCUGGUCGUUGAUCCGAUUUCGGGCGAGUGACAAUCAACUCACAGGUUCAAUUCCUCCGGACAUUGGAAAGUUGAAGAAUUUGAAUUUCCUUGACCUGGGAUCAAACAGGUUGACUGGAUUGAUUCCCCCAGAGAUCUCUGGCUGCCAGAAUCUUACAUUUCUUGAUUUACAUUCAAAUUCAAUUGGCGGGAACUUGCCUGAGAAUUUGACUCGGCUAGUUUCUCUCCAGUUCGUUGAUUUUUCAAAUAAUCUUCUGGAGGGGUUCUUGAGCCCGAGUCUAGGCUCUUUGAAUUCACUCACAAAACUUGUUCUUGGGAAAAAUAAGUUUUCUGGGAAAAUUCCCAGCCAAUUGGGUUCUUGUUUAAAGCUUCAGUUACUUGAUUUAAGCAGCAAUGGAUUUUCCGGCGAGAUUCCAGCUAGUUUAGGCAAGAUUCCAGCGCUGGAGAUUGCUUUAAAUUUGAGCUGGAAUAGUCUUUCCGGCAACAUUCCAUCAGAAUUUGCAGCAUUAGAUAAACUUGGCGUGCUGGAUAUUUCUCAUAACCAGCUCACCGGUGACCUUCAUUUUCUGGCCGACCUCCAGAAUCUGGUGGUGCUUAAUAUCUCCUACAACAACUUCUCCGGCCGCGUGCCAGACACUCCUUUCUUCUCAAAGCUCCCACUCAGCGUCUUAGCCGGUAAUCAAGAACUUUGCUUCUCCGGUAACCAAUGCUCCGCCGAUAAGGGUGGCGCAGCAAGGCGGAGCAAAGGUGCAAGGGUGGCCAUGGUGGUGCUGCUUUGCACCGCAUGUGUGCUGCUCUUGGCUGCACUUUUCAUCAUCCUAGGGAACAAGAAGCGGGGCCUGUUGGGCCACGAGUGCCACGUUGACAGCGACGGCGACGAUGUUGAAAUGGGCCCACCGUGGGAAGUCACGGUGUACCAAAAACUUGACUUGUCCAUCAAGGACGUUCUUAAGAGCUUGGUACCCAGCAACAUUAUUGGUCGAGGCCAUUCUGGAAUUGUAUAUCAGGUAAUCCUUCCAUCAGGGCUAUCAAUGGCGGUUAAGAGAUUCCGAGCAUCAGACAAGUUAUCGGCAUCGGCAUUUUCAUCGGAGAUAGCAACCUUGGCACGAAUUCGACAUAGGAACAUUGUUAGACUGUUGGGUUGGGCAGCUAAUAGGAAGACCAAGCUUUUGUUCUAUGAUUAUUUGCCUAAUGGAACAUUAGGCACAUUGUUACACGACGGUCGUGCAAGCGGAGCAGGAGGAUUGUUGAUCGAGUGGGAGACUCGUUUCAAGAUUGGAUUAGGGGUUGCUGAGGGAUUAGCUUACUUGCAUCAUGACUGUCGACCCCCGAUCCUCCACCGUGAUGUGAAGGCACACAAUAUUUUGUUAGGGGAUCGAUACGAGCCAUGUCUAGCAGAUUUUGGCCUUGCUAGGCUUGUUGAGGAUGAAAAUAGGUCAUUUUCAACUCAUCCUCAGUUUGCUGGAUCCUACGGCUACUUUGCUCCGGAAUAUGGCUGCAUGCUGAAAAUCACAGAGAAAAGCGACGUAUUCAGCUAUGGAGUAGUGUUGCUAGAGAUCAUAACUGGUAAAAAGCCAGUCGACCCAUCAUUCCCAGCUGAACACCAACACCUAAUCCAAUGGGUUCGUGACCAUCUAAAAUCCAAAAAAGAUCCAGUAGACAUCAUUGAUCAAAAGCUUCAAGGCCAUCCAGACACACAAAUUCAAGAAAUGUUGCAAGCCCUGGGAAUAGCCUUGCUUUGCACCAGCAAUCGAGCUGAAGAUCGACCAACAAUGAAAGAUGUAGUGGCUCUAUUGAAGGAAAUCCGACAAGAUCAUGAUCCCUCGGCGGCGGCGGCUGCCGGCGAAGUCCAGAAACCGGCCAAUAAAUCUGGUAGAAGUCCUGGAGAAGUUUCUUUGUGUAAUUCUUCGACUACGUCUUCAUCAGUUACACCAGCUCAGUUGUUGCAGCUACAAGGCUCAUCUAAUUGUUCCUUUGGUUAUUCUUCUUCAUCAACUAGUUAUAAUUCAAGAAACCAAUAAUUCUUUACUGCUUAGUUUCUAAUUUAUUAGGUGUAGAAUAGGAUUGAUGAUGCUUGAUCUAAUAAUUUGAUGUAAAGUUGAAAAGAAAUAGAGUUUCUAUUUUUGUUAAGUUUGAUCAAAGAGAUCAAUUAGAUGAGCAGAAUGUAUAGCCACCUAGCAUUUAUUCUAAUUGUUCCUAGUGGACGGGGCUAUCAAUCUUGGU